UUCCGCGCUCUUCCCGGCUCGCCCCUCCCCCGUUCCAGGAAGUGAGGGGGUUCCAGCCGCCUGGCCUACCGCGAUGCAUUUUGGGAAAGCAGCAGCACCAGAUCCAAGAUGGCGGCCAGCAGGAGGCUGAUGAAGGAGCUUGAAGAGAUCCGCAAAUGUGGAAUGAAAAACUUCCGUAACAUCCAGGUUGAUGAAGCUAAUUUAUUGACUUGGCAAGGGCUUAUUGUUCCUGACAACCCUCCAUACGACAAGGGGGCCUUCAGAAUUGAAAUCAACUUCCCAGCAGAGUAUCCAUUCAAACCACCCAAGAUCACAUUUAAAACAAAGAUCUACCACCCUAACAUUGAUGAGAAGGGGCAGGUCUGUCUGCCCGUAAUUAGUGCUGAAAACUGGAAGCCAGCCACCAAGACUGACCAAGUAAUCCAGUCCCUCAUAGCACUGGUGAACGACCCCCAGCCUGAGCACCCACUCCGAGCUGACCUAGCUGAAGAAUACUCUAAGGACCGUAAAAAAUUCUGUAAGAAUGCUGAAGAGUUUACAAAGAAAUAUGGGGAAAAACGACCUGUGGACUAAAAUCUGCCAUGAGUGAUUCCAGCAAGUUUGAGCAGAGCCCCCGAGCAGUGCAUCCAAAUACCCCGCAAAGCAGGACUCUGUGGAAAAUUGACACGUGCCACCAUCUGGCGUCCGCUUGUGGCAGUUACUAACUUUCUACAGUUUUCUUAAUCAAAAGUGGUCUAGGUAACCUGUAAAGAAGGAUUAAAAAAUUCACAUGUUCUAGUUUUGCUUGCUUUGUUUUAAAAAUCACUGCUUUAGUCUACUCCAAAAGAAUGGCAUUUCUUCUCUUGCCCAGAUUCACUCAGAGUUACAGUUAGCCCAGAAGACUUAAAAAAAGUUGUGGUUCCUGUUUUCUUUGCCCUCUGUCCUUUCACUUCCCACAGAAGCAGCAGCACUGGGAGCUCUUCUCCUGUGCCACACUGCCUGUGGUGAUAGCUCAAGUCCUCCUCAUGCCACCUUAUUAGUGUCCUUUUAAGAAAUUAUAAAACAAUACCAAUACCCUCUCCCCUCCCCCCAAAAUAGAAUGUCCUUGCAAAGGGAAGCUGCUUUUACAUACAAUCUUAGCAAAGUGAUUCCACAGUAACAGUCUUAAGGGGCAGACUCCAUGCUCCGUACCCGUGGUCAGGCUGUGCCGGGACUUUGUAGAGAACCCUGCAAUACCAGGUUUGUGUUGACCUUGGUGGGAGGGUCUGCCAGUAGACAUCGCCGUGCAUUUGUGUGAUGAACCUCUCCGGUCAGCAGCUCUCCCUGCAGCUGUGGUGGAUGACCUGGUUAUCACAGGCAAAGCAAAAGCCAGAAUAUUCUUGAAAACUCAAGCUUCCUCCACCACUGAGCUCUGCUGAGGUGUGCCAAGGAGCCCCCACUCCUCUGCACAGCAGACCACCACUGUCUCCCUCCGCAUGUUCUGCCCUUUGUGGGAUCAGCAUUGGUGGCUUCUGCUUUGUAACCAGCUGCCCCUUCCUCAGAGCAGCUGCUGUGCAGCCCAGGAACAGGAUGGCCUUCCCUCCCUCUGGACUCCGCCUUCCCAGAGUCAAGCCCCACUGAAGCUCACUCAGUAAUAUCCUUUCAAUGUGUUUUAUAUUGUUUUCAUUGCCUUUUUUUUUGUAGAAAUAAAAUUUGACCUUAGAAUUUAUCAUCAAAUGAACUUUGUCAAGAUUUGAAUGUUAAUAUCUUUUCAAGACAAGUGACUGUCCUUGAAGCAGUAGUGACACCCAAGGAAGCUGUUGGCCUGAUGGCUUUUGUUCACUAACUCACUUCUGCUCUUAGGGGUCUAGAUCCUGUGGAGAAGAUGGCCUCAAGAAAUCUUGCUUUCUGCUUUAACCUUAGUUCUUUAACUUCAGGGCUACCUAGGGCUCACAGACUUGGAAAACAGCUCUGGGUUUCGCCUGUAAAGAAGUGAGACAGGUUCUCUCAGGCAGUGUAACACUAUUUAGUUUUCCAAGGGUUUGGCUCCUGUGGUGCAUAAAUGAACUAUGCUUUAGUUCUAGGUAUGCAUGGGGCAGGUUUCUGGAGACUUCAUGUGCCCAGGAUGGCCAGAGCACUGGGCCUAUGUUUCUAUGUCUGUCUCUUCAUUGGCAGAAAAGUGACAAUGGAUUUUAUUUCAUUCACAUUCAGAUUUGUAAUAAAAUGCCACAUUCUGUCAGAAGUUGUCCAAACAAACCACCAUUUGUUCUUGUUGCCUUUCUGAAUUUAGAGAUAGUCCAACUGUCUCAUUGCUUAGCUCUACCUGCCUGUUACCCCUCACUGCUCUCUGCUCACUAUGGGAGGGUACUCUCACGCCAGCACCCCUCUCAGGGACUCUCAGCCCAGUAUCGACAACCAUGGCCUGCCCUGGAAGCAGAGGCCUGGCUUGGAGUCAGUGGUGUCCCUCUGGGCUUGCAUGCCUUGCUCUUUCCAGCUCUGCCCUGGAGCAGGCUUUGAGCAAGCUGGCAGACAGCCCUGGCUGCUCCAAAGUGAAGAGCUGGCUCCUCUGGAGAGGAGGAGAUCUGUGGAGCAGCCAGACAAGCACCCACCCCUGACACAAGUUGGCUCAGGAAUUCACAUCCCCCUGGUUCCUUGAAGUGCCCAGGUCUUGUCCUGCUCUUUCCACGAUGGCAGAGAAUAGGCUUUCUAAGAUGCUGUGACCCCAUUCUGUCCUUAAUAAAAAUGUUCUCAGACACUA